AGGGUCAUGGAGUUUCUGCCUCCGUUCCAGCGAGUGGUGCAGCCUGAAGAGAUGUGGCUCUACAAAAACCCGUACGUAGAAGUGGACCACGUACCCACGGUACCCAUGUUUUUCAUCGCGUUUCUGUCUCCCUUAUUGCUCAUUGUCCUGGCAAGGGUGUUCAUGAAUGCCGACCAAGAAGACACACGGGAAGCCUGCCUAGCUGCCAGCCUUGCUCUUGCCCUGAACGGGGUUUUCACAAAUGCCUUGAAGCUCAUUGUGGGGAGGCCACGGCCGGACUUCUUCUAUCGAUGCUUCCCCGACGGACGAGCGAACGCAGAGCUGGUGUGCACAGGCGACCCUGGCAUAGUGACUGAGGGACGCAAAAGUUUCCCCAGCGGACACGCUUCGUUUGCCUUCACUGGUCUUGCCUUCUCUGCCUUCUACAUAGCCGGGAAGCUGCGCUGCUUUGCUCCCAGCCGGGGAGGCAGGGCUCUGCGGCUCUGUGCCUUCCUUCUCCCGCUGUUCCUCGCCACCCUCAUCGCUGUGUCCCGCACCUGUGACUACAAGCACCACUGGCAAGAUGUGUUGGUUGGCUCAGUGAUCGGCUUCGUGCUUGCGUACCUCUGCUACAGGCAGUAUUACCCUCCUCUGAUGGACUCUAUGUGCCACAAACCAUUUCUGUACAAAUCCAAACAACUGCCAGCACACCAAGAAAAGCCUGCAGCUUCCAGCUUUCACCUAGAUAUAUAGCGACGGGCUCUGUGCUGCCGGCACCUCUCCUGCUGUUCCUUCAGUGCUAGGGCAGGGGAAGGCUUUAGGGGAGUUGGUCGUGGACUGCAAGAAGUGGCUCAAAUGAGGAUGAACCUGAAACCCAAGCAGGCAUCCUCUGUGGUGCUGGUAAGUUGUCCUGCUCAGGGGCCUGUUUUGCUUCAUUAACCAAAUUUU